AUGGACGAUUCAGGUCCAUCUCGACCACAACUGCCCACGAACAGCAGCGGUAGUUCUUCCGGUAUCGAAAUUCUCGACGUUCCUUCACUUCCUCCUCAUAAACCUAGACAUCGUCCAGGUCGUUCUCGCAAAGCCUCAAAGGUCACAAAGAUAGAAGAGAAGAGCGAUAGCUCAGAUGAGAUCGUAUUCGUUGCUUCUCGUCUGGCGGAUAGAUACACGUACCGUUCUACAUCUCCCAAGAGUAAAUCUAGCAGGUUAUCGGCCAAACGAGAGAUAUCGGAGGGAGUGAAAAAGAUUGAACAGGAUUCAGAGAAAGGGAAGGCCAAAUCAGAACUCAAGUCGGAGAACGAGGGAUCAGGAGAAAGUAAAGCGUUCAGACCAUUGGUAUUGAAACAACCCAUGAACAUUCCAAAAGAUGCUCCACCACCUCCCGCUUGGCUGGGCAAGACGUCUGUGCUCCUUCGACUUCCAGAAUGUGUAGUAUGUCAUAGAAGGUUCAAUAAAACUGAUUCUGGAGCUGCUCGAUGGCGACACAUAUCCACAUGUUUCCCUCCCCUUUUCAAACCUCCCAAUCCCCCACCAGACCUCGAAAUCCUCAUCCAUCAAGCCCUUCUGGACCAAGCUUCCCAUCGUCCCUCGACUUUAUUAGAACAUCAUACGAAUUCUGUCGAUUCUGACGAUCUGAUCGAUUUAUGCGAAGGUAAAUCGACGAUCUCCAGACGUAACUCUACAAUCUCUGGUUUACAUCUCACUACCAAUGUCCACCCUCCUGAUACCCGUGGGGAAGUAUGGGAAUCCGAAGUGGGUGGAAGAGUGAGAGAUAUCGUAGGACGGAGUAGUCCUCCAGUGUCUACAUUCUCAAACAAGACUUCUCCUAUCCCUAAUGGGAGACAAUCACCCAUAUCACCUGUUUCUCCUAUCGCACUACCCGGGACUCAGCCUUUGGGGCAAUCAUCUCUCGCUUUGUCUUACUCCCGAUCUUUGCCUGAACCCAUAUCCAGAAACAGAGAUGAUAGAUCGACCACUCUAACUCCAACGGCAUUCGACACAACCCUCAUCGCUGAUACUCCGGGGGAAAUCAUCAAUGUUGACGAAGAUGAUUGGGGAGAUGAUGCCGUACUUACUUGGGAUGGACCUAUCAAAAUCCCAGAUUCAGAAUCUGAAGACGACGUCAUGUCGAUAUCUUCUCUUGGAGGAAGUUCAGCGGCUUCUAUAGCUCCUGAAGAAGCUGGGUUGUCAGGUGAUGAAUCAUGGGGUCGAGAAGCGAUGUUGGAAUGGAAUUAUCAAGAUGAUAUUUAUCCUACACAAGAUACUCUCUCUAUGGGAUCAGAAUCUGAAGAAGAACCUUUGGCUGUCACUCGACUUAAAGGGAAAGAAAAAGAGAUGGUCCCCAGAAAAGUCAAAAGUACAGAAAAGAUAGAGGAAAUGCCAGAUUACGUCUCUAUGGAAUUGAAAAAAUUACAGAAGAUAGUAGGUGGAUAUGGUUUUAGACCAAGUACGAAUAAAGAAGCUUUGAUCAAAAUAGCUCAGGAUUGUUGGCGAUCUUUACAUUCUCCCACAGAAGAUCAAACGUCUUUCGAUGGUGUUGACUCUGAUGAUGAAGAGGUACAAGAUGUUGGCUCUGACCACAAAGACAUCGAUAAUGUUGAAGUUGACGAGGAAAAGAAAGUCAAGAGUAAAGUGACUGGGAAAGGUAAAGGUAAAGGUAAGAGAAAGAUGGAUGAAGGGGAAGAAGAGGAUAAAGUGAAAGGUGGAAGUAGAACGGUCGUUCCUUUUCAAAUACUCGAUCAACAAUUUUAUGAAAUGAUAAAAGGUGAUGUUCCAUUAUGGACCAGGAUAUUACGAUACGAGCCUAUCCCAUUCGAGGAACUCAUAGCCAAGUCGAUCAGCGUCGGUAUCAAAGGUAUAGGAUGGAAAAUACGUCUUAAACGAUUCCUCGACCUUCAAGGCAUAACAUUCUUCUCCGGAGAUCCAACCGGAUCACGAAAACGACAUUGA